CUCUCCGAAAUAGGCACGAUUUAGCGGUGCAAACGAUUAAUGUAUGUGCUCGUAUGUAGCUGAUAAUUCAUAAAUUCGUAUGUUGGCAGUUGCAUUUGAGCACUAAAUUAAAUAUAAUGACACAUACGCAUUUUGUGUUGCCGCUUUUGAUGCCUGAAAGACAGUUGGUGCGCGCUUUUCCAGCGUCCUAUAAUGACGCCGUUUCGCCCUAUGCCGAGGUGAAGGAUUUCUCCAAAGCGGUACGUUUCGAAGCGCAAUGGCAGCCGAAAUUAAAGUUACGCCCACGCAAAGUCAUACUCAUUGGCGACGUGGCAGUGGGCAAGACAACGCUGGUGAAUAGAUUUUGCUUUGAUAAAUUUGCCGAAAAAUAUAAAGCGACUAUUGGUGUUGAUUUUGAAAUUGAGAAUUUCAAUGUGUUGGGCCAAAAUUUCACGCUUGAAAUGUGGGAUACCGCGGGCCAAGAACGCUUCAAAUGCAUUGCGCAAGCUUAUUAUAGGCAUGCAAAUGUUAUUAUAGUUGUAUUUGAUAUGUCCAAGCCGGAAACACUGAAGUCAACAGCAAAAUGGCUCAAAAGCGCAUUGGCCGUUAAUACAAUACAAAUGCCGCUUACUUUCUUAGUUGGCACCAAAUCUGAUCUACUGAGCAAAGAAGAAUUUGUGCGAGUUGAACGUUUGGCAGCAGAUAUUGCAGAAGGCAUAAAAGCUGAAUAUUGGUCAGUUUCUGCUCGAACUGGUUACAAGAUUGUCGAUUUCUUCCAACGUGUAGCCGCGCUUUCCUUUGAGACCGCAUGCAAAGAUGCCAUUAUAGAGCGUCAUUUUUUGGAGAAAUCCGUUGCAGUACGAUUACAACGAAAAUCAAAACAAUGCGAUUUUCGCAAAACCUAUUUGGGUAACAAAGGAACUACGACUAAAGAAAGAAGUUUAUGCUUUUGCUCAUGAUUUUCGAAUAAUUAUAGUUUAUACUUUU